UUCAGGGACUCCAACUGGCGACAAUGACAGCAGACAAGUUGGUUUUCUUUGUGAAUGGCAGAAAGGUGGUGGAGAAGAAUGCAGACCCAGAAACAACUCUUUUGGCCUACCUGCGGAGGAGCUUGGGGCUGAGUGGGACCAAGCUGGGCUGUGGAGUAGGAGGCUGUGGUGCUUGCACCGUGAUGGUUUCCAAGUAUGAUCAUCUCCAGAACAAGAUCGUCCACUUUUCUGUCAAUGCCUGCCUGACCCCCAUCUGCUCUUUGCACCACGUUGCCGUGACGACUGUGGAAGGAAUAGGAAGCACCAAGUCGAGGCUGCAUCCUGUGCAGGGACGUGGGAGCCAGAGCCUCCAGUUGAGCAAGCUGAUUACACUCCUUGAGAGGAGCAUCUUGGAGCAGUUAAGCGAGUCUUCCUUCAUCUGA